GCGAGCCUGAAGCCCAAAGCGGUGAGCGCAGCCCCUAGGAGAGAGGAGGCAGAGGCUGAGGGCAGCGCCUGCCCGGAGUCCCCGGUCACCAGGUGGACCCGGUCUUUGCUCUCGCUUCUGGGAGACCAGGAUGGGGCGCAGCUCUUCCGCAGGUUCCUGGAGAGGGAGGCAGCGGUGGACACCUUGGAUUUCUGGUUCGCCUGCAAUGGCUUCAGGCAGAUGGACCUCCGAGAGCCCAAAACGCUGAGAGUGGCGAAGGCGAUCCACAAGCGGUACGUGGAGCACAGCGCGGUUUCCAGGCAUCUGAAACCAGCCACCAGGUCCUACAUCAAAGACACCAUAAAGAAGCAGCAGAUUGAUUCAGCAAUGUUUGACCAGGCCCAGACCGAGAUCCAGACCUUAAUGGAGGAAAAUUCUUACCAGAUGUUUCUGACAUCAGAUAUCUACCUUCAGUAUAUCAGGUCCGGAGGAGAGAAUGCUCUGUUUGCCUCUAACACCGAGCUGGGGAGUAUACAAGUGGUUUGUGCUUACUUGCCAACGCUGAAUGAAGAGGAGGAAUGGAUUUGCCCGGACCUCCGAGACAAGAAUUUACCCUCUGGAGUGGGACUAAGCGGUAACGCUCUCCGGGCCAGCUCUUCAGUCAGGUGCACCGAUGGCAGCAGUGCCAAGUGUUACGGAUCCUAUGGAAGAAACGGCCCUGCCAGCCCCUAUCACAUUCAAACUGGCUGCAUCUUCGCUCCAGCUAGUAGUGCGAAUGACAGUGAAAUCUCCAGUGACGUCAUGACUGAUGACUCGAUGUCAAUGACAGACAGUAGUGUAGAUGGGAUCCCUCCAUAUCGGCAUAAGAAGCAACAACAGAGGGAAAUGCAACGCAGUGUCAAAGCUAAUGGUCAGGUCUCACUACCUCACUUUCCUGUAAGUGUUCAGCCCUUCGCUGAAUUCAGUUUUCAUUAUAUCUCUCACCGCUUAACAUUGUCUGUCUGUUUGAUCUACAUUCCUCCAAAGGGUCUGGGACAUUUUCGUUAUAUUAAAGAUUAUAUAUAA